AUGUUUUUAAAAGCAGAAAUAUUUAAGGCUAUUUCAUUUUCAAAUCCAGUAAAAUUACCUCUAACAUAUUGGUUGUUAGUGCUAAUUAGAUUUGUGCUAACUUUAAUUCCGCAAACAGGCUACAUUCAUCCAGAUGAGUUCUUCCAAAACGUGGAAGUCAUUGCUGGAGAUAUCCUCACAGUUGAUGUUGCAAGAACAUGGGAGUUCAAUCCAAAGUUUCCUAUUAGAAACAUCUUUGUACCAAAGAUUGUACUUGGCCCACCUCUUCACUUUAUUCGUAUUGUAAAUCCUUACUCUAAAGCUUAUCUGAACAUUGAUCUACUAACACCAUACUACCUGUUGGCUAUACCCCGAAUCUUUAUCUGUCUUUUAUCUCUUAUUAAUGACUAUUGUUUGUACAGAAUAUGCAUUCUGUACGGCCAAAAUUUUAAGAAUAGGCUAAAAAUAUUUGCCAGCUCUUAUGUUGUCUUUGUGUACUGCUGCAGAAGCUUUUCCAAUGCAUUUGAAAUGAUAUUCUUUUCUCUGCUACUACUGUUAGUAGCUGAAUGUAUGUUAAAAUCAGAUAAAGUCAUAUAUCAUGAAGAGUUUCUUACAGAAAAAUAUAAUCAAGCUGAAACACCAGUCGAGAAAGUAAAAAUUUUUAAACUCAAAACUCAUUUGCCUCAACAUUCUUUGAAUAGGGUUUUUAUACUUGCAACUCUAGUAGUAAUAGGUAUUUUCAACCGUCCAACUUUCGUGGGUUUUGCAUUGGCACCAAUCUUCUUUUGGCUACACAGAGGCCUAGGUUCUAAAGUAGUGGGUUUCAAAGAUUUCCAUUAUAGAAUUUUCACAUUUAUGCUAUGUGGUGUACCAAUGACACUUCUACUUAUCAUAGUUGAUUCUUCUUAUUAUGGAUAUCUAACAAAUGCAGAUAUAGAAUCAUUGAAACUAUCGUGGGAUAACUGGGUUGUCACUCCAUUGAAUUUCCUGAGGUACAACUUGGACACAAAGAAUCUCAAGCAACAUGGAAUACAUCCACGAUGGCUACAUUUAAUUGUGAAUAUGCCAUUGCUGUUUAAUGUACUGGGAAUAAUUGCCUUAACUACACUAUCCAGUAAUACUUACAGAUUCAUUAGGGGACAGUACAGCAAACUGCCAAGAAUACAGAGCAUUACAGGACUCAUGCUCUUCUCUCUAGUCACUCCUGUUGCUCUCCUUUCGUUAUUUCCUCACCAGGAAGCUCGUUUUAUAAUUCCAGUUCUCAUUCCUUUAAUAUACCUUUAUGGUAAUCACUUACAUCCAAACGAAGCAGAUCCACCAAAAUCUAAAAGACUGAAAAAUACUUUAUGUUACAUUUGGUACAUACUAAAUAUUCUGCUGACUUUGUUCUUUGGGUUUAUACAUCAAGGCGGUAUUUACCCUUUUGCUAAUGCUUUACAUCGGGAAAUUAAAAGUUAUUACGGCGUCCAUACUCACGUUAUAACGACUCACAGCUAUAGCAUACCCACGUAUUUGCUGCAACUGGAAAGUACAACUAAAGUUUGGAAGGACAAAAAGACAGGUCAUAAGUAUAAAUUGGUCCCGACAACGUUCCUUCACAAAUACGGCUCUUUGCCAAUAAACGAGCUGUUCGAGAAAAUCGACGAUGUACUGAAUAAUGCCGAAAUGCUUUUACAUAAAUAUAAAAGGCAGUAUAGAUUUUAUGUUGCAUCCCCAUGCUCGCUGGAACAAGAAAUCCGUGAGGCGUCCAGAGGCUAUAAUUAUAUUGAUAUUGAACAAGAAUUCUCAUACUAUCCCCAUUUUUGUACUGAAGCCAUUCCGAAGUUCCCGAGUUCCAGGGAUCAGUACUGUUUUGAAAGCAAUGCAUUGCGAACAAAUGAAUCUCAGGCACUCGAUCUCAGCAUAUAUCAACGAAUGUCAUGUUUUUUAAAGAGGUUCUGUUUUAGAAUUUAUAGAGUGAGACCUGCCAACUAUAAGAUAUAA